AUGGCUUCGACUUACGCCGUGCCCCCUGCCUCGCUCCACGAUGGACAAGCGGGCGAACCCCACAAUCCCUCGCCGCCAAACGGCAAUCAGCGACUGCCUAUCACCUCCUUUGGCCCGAACCAUCUCUCGCCCUCGUCGCAGUUCCAGGGUAGCUCGGUUUCGCCCUCCUUUGGCGAAACACCAGCAGAGUCUAUCUCCAACUUCAGUCAGUACCAGCCGAGCGAUUACAGUGACAUCGACGAUGGGCUCGACCCUUUCUUUGGCGUCAGCUUUAGCACGACGGAGCAUGGCACGCCCUCCUUCCUGGACCCUGCAAACCGUACCGAUAGCUUCGGCCAGUCCACCGUCUCGCAGGCUUUUAACGGCUCCCAAGUGCGUAGCAGAAAGCUGGACGCCAACACCUAUCCGUUGACCCCCGACCAAGCCUCGCUUCACACCACUUCGCCGGGUCGCGACAGGAGAACGGUUGCCAAGUCUGUACCUGACGGAAUGCCUACUUCCAUUUCGCCUCAGGAACUCCAGAAGCCCUUCCAGCCGCAUCCCAUCUCCACCUUCGCCGUACAAUCCGCUCCCCAGCUGACGCCAAACACCAGCGGGAGCGGCCGUUCGAGCGAAGACAGUGGUGUGCCAUCUCCCGCAAUGGUGGCCGCCCAGAGCCCGCGUGUGACUGUGUCCAUGUGGGGCAGGGAUGCCGCAGAGCCCGUACAGUCGAUCGAGCGUACCUUCACGCCUGACGACGAGAACUCAUCUCCGGCACACGGUGACAUCAGCUUCGCGGGUGACUUGAUUCCUUCUCAGGAACCAGCUGUCGCCAUGCCGUCACCGCGACGCUCGUCGUUCGCUCGGCAAGGUCUGGACCCGGGUAACAGGCCGGUUACCGAGAUAGCCAGUGUGAACGAAAUGGUGACUCGCCGUGAGAUCGAGGAGAAGAAUCAGGAAGUUGAUCAGUGGCUGUCUCGCAGCUUGCACGGUGCCCCCGUCGCACUGCCGCCGCACCAAGAUACAAACCUGCACACCAGCCCUGAGGCCAUGGCUGAAGAUGAGUACAUCCGUCUCGGCGACCGAACCGAGAAUCGCUACCAGCCUGGUCAGACGUAUUUCACCGCCCGCGGUGGCGAGAUGACGGCGACAGAUUUACACAUUAUGCGCUCCAACCGUGUGUGGGGUGAUUCGCCCAUGGUACACCCGAUCAGUGGACCAGAUGCAGAGAGAUAUCAGCCCGAGUCUUCGCAAGCAGCGAUUGCUCGGUUCAGGCAAAUGUGCGACAACGAAUCCAUCGUCUCCAAGGCGGCCACAUGGGGCACGCGUAGACGUAGCCUGCCCAGUGUUAUCGACAUGGACAUGGAGAACGUCACCAGUGGAAAUCUGUUGAAGAAGCUGUCCAUCAGCCGAGGCGAGGGAGGGCGCCGGCCAAGCAUCCUCAAGGACUUGCGUGGUCUUGUCCGCAGGCCGAGUGCCCACCGACUAAAGCGGUCCAUCAGCACCCAUGGAGAUGAGAAUGUCAAGUCGGAACCCCCGCCUCCCGAGAAACGCGAGAGCCUGCCUCACCUUCUGCCUACUGCUCGCACAGGCAGUUGGAGCAAACCCAAGACACAGACGCCUAGUAUCAACACGGCGCUCGUCUCAAUGGGCAACAGAGUGGCCUCGAUCGGAACCACUCAUGCCCGCAACGGCUCGAUCGGCGGCACAACAGUCACAUCACCCAAGAGCCCCUUGAGCCCAUUUGCCAGCCUUCAGGUUAAGAACACCCUUCGAAGGCCCAGAAGCAAGUCGGACCUGCCGAAAAGCAGCGGGGCUGAAACGCACUCAAGCCUCGUUGGCAUGUGGAGGAAGACUGGCGGCCCUCCCGUUGCCGUCCUCGCGAAGGGAAACUCAACAAAUGUUGACCUAGACGACGAUGACGACGAAGAGGAUGAACUCUACGAGGAUGGUGACUUGAACGCCGAGUCCAGCAAGCUGAUUGAAGGCGUUUCUCCGAACUUCGCGGGUUUCCAGCAGCAUGUGCUCCGCCUGAACCCGGAGUUGGCAACCACCAACAACUACUUGGUUGACCGCAUCGCCCACCAGCAGGUCGUUCGAUACAAGAGUCUUCUCAACGCCAAGGUGAAGCACCUCGGACUCGGCCAAGCGUGCUCUUGCGGGACUUUCUGUUCGGCGCGAGGCGGCCGUCCCGUGCUGCUCGACCACAGAGGAGACGUGCGAGAUCUAGACCCACUGUCCACCGGGUUUGAUUCCGGUGACGGCGAUUCGACUCCCGUCGAGGGUGCCAUUACUAAAGAGAGCUUCCCUCGAGACAUACCGAUGCCGCCCACACAGUCCCUCCCGGCCGAAUUCGAGUGCCAGCUUUGCUUCACCUUGAAGAAACCCAAAAAGCCUUCGGACUGGACAAAGCAUGUCCACGAAGAUGUGCAGCCUUUCACCUGCACUUGGGAUAGAUGCCGCGAGCCCAAGAUAUUCAAGCGCAAAGCCGACUGGGUGCGCCACGAGAAUGAAGGCCACCGCCACCUCGAGUGGUGGACAUGCGAUGUCGAGGACUGCCGGCACACGUGCUACCGCCGAGACAAUUUCCUACAACAUCUUGUGCGUGAGCACAAGUUCAUAGAGCCCAAGAACAAGACCAAAGCUGCCAUCAAGCGAGCCGGCGCAGUUGAUCCGACGUGGCAGAGGGUUGAACAGUGCCGUCACGAAACAUCUAAAAAGCCGCAGGAAGAGCCUUGCCGAUUCUGUGGCAAGCAGUUCCCAACGUGGAAGAAGUUGACUGUUCACUUGGCCAAGCACAUGGAACAUUUGAGCCUGCCCAUUCUCCGGUUAGUUGCAGCCAAAGAGCUGGAACCAGACACCAUAAUCAGUCCCGUGCAGGACCCUCCGCCUAGAGCCCCUUUCAGCGCACUAGAACCCUUGGAUGAAUCAACCAUCAAGAGUGAACCCUCCCAGAUGCGCAUUUUCACACACCCGUCAUCAUAUCAACCUCCGGCCAUGAUGCCCAGCAGCAACGGAGCGUAUCAGGAUGGAAACCAGUUUGGAUAUGCAGGUGUCGCGAGCAACCCGCCGUUCCAGGACUACAUGUAUACUUCGCAGUUUCCGAACAACAGCCAGCCCAUGGCCCAGAACAUGAUGGGCGUGUUGCCCGUCGACGGAGGAGCUCAGGGAUUCACCCAGCAAUAUCACAAAGCCAACGACAUGGGAAUUCCUGGCGCAUCGUACAUGGGAACCCAACAACAGUACAUGUCGGUGGCACAAGAUACCGAACCAUUUCCCGCACUGGACCACAACGCUCUGGGGCUGCACCAGCCCAAUCCAAUGGGCGUGUCGAUGGGAUAUAAUGGGCUUGUGGAACCAGGCGCCGUCAAUGAGCAUCAGUACACCUCCCAGGGGUCGAUAUCGCCCUACUCACAUUCGCCCCUUCAAAGGGGUUCGGGUUUCUACCCGCCUCCUCAGUAA